AUGAUGAUUGGUUAUUAUAAAUUAAAAGUUCCAUCUGUUAUAUUUAAACGAGAAAAAGAAAUAGCUCGAAAAUUAGAAUUUGAAGGUGCUUGGUUAAUUGAUCAACCAACAUUUCCUGAUUCUUAUUGGGAUAAAUUUGUUAAAAAAGAAUUUCGAAAUAAAUAUUCCGAUCAAUUUGAUUAUGAUGAAUUAAGUCGAUUUUUAGGUAUGGAAAAAGAAAUGAUACACCAGAAAAAUUUGAAAUUGUUAAACCAAUUGAAACUAGUUUAUGGGCAAAGUAUAUAAAACCAAAAAAAAAAGAUUGAUUAAGAGUUGUACUUUAUUAAUUUAGAAUUAAAUCUAUUGAUAUGCGUUAUCAAAUUUGAAAAUAGGGUGUUAUCUUUACUGAUAAUGUAAGUUAUGAAUUAAAAGAUUCAAGUUCAUAUACAUAUUGCUAAGGAUUAGAUCAGUACUUUGACGAGCUGAUAAUCUUACAUCAACGUAUGCGAAUAUCUUCUUCUUGAAUGAAAGAAAAGGCAUUGAUCAUCUAUAUACAUCUUACUAUACAAGUGUAACGUAAUCGGGAAUAUUAUUUUGCAUUUGAAUUUCUGUAGAAACAGAUUUGUAUUGAACAAAGUUUUGUAAGAAAUGUUGUAUAAGCUUUUGUUGACGUUACAGACAUUAUGAUGAAAUCAGCUUUAAUAAAAAAUAAAUGUGGAAAACUCGGAUUUAAAUCCGAGAUUUAUGUGU